AUGACCAUCAAAGUUGUUAACGUAGUAUCAUCUAAAUAUGAAAGCAGACUUUCAAAGAAGAGACCUACACUAAUAAAAAGAGAGUCGAAAUAUCCGAUGGCUGGAAGACACUCUUACUAUGGGUAAUUAAUAAAAGAAAUUGAAAAAUGGGAAAAUACAGUGGCAAUCCAAAAUGAUCCAUAACCUACAAGGGUUAUUUAAUAUGUUAAAUUGCAUUAAUACAAUGAAUUUUUCUAUCUAUUCCUCAUUCUUUGGGGCUUGUUACUAUUGGGGACUCAAUGCUAAUCCGAUAUUGUAUUAGGUACUUUUCAUGGAUUCGUCCUAUUGGGAAUAAUAACCUUGUCUCUAAAGCUCCUCUAUUACCUAUCCUUCAAAUUUUGUAUUAGUGCGGUUGUGAUGAAUUACUUGAUGCUGGCUGAUAAAAAUUUAUCGAAUAAUGUAAUGAUCUUUAUACUAAUCAAGGAAGUAAUAGCAAAUAUUCCAAAGCAAAUGAAGAAGAAUUACGACUUUGAGAUUUGCUACCUCUGUUCAUAAUAGAUCAAACAAAUGACCUCCUUUAUUGAUUUACCCUGCAAUAAAAUGCAUCGAUUUCAUGAAAAUUGUAUUUCAAAAUGGUUGUCGACUCAUCUUUUUUGUCCAGUUUGUGUUGAACCCAUUGAAUUGAUGAAUGUUUAGAUGAGAGUACUGGCUUGA